AUGGCACCCCUUAACACCGAGGAUGUUGCGCCGUCGCGCGCCGUGGUGAAGCGCGCUGAGUCGUAUGUACCGCUGCGGGCCAACCUGUCGGAGGAAGGGCUCAUUCUCGAAGCUUGGGGCGAAGGCUGGAAUGUCGGCGCCCUGAUCAUCCUCAUCUUGAUUGUGUUUUGCAACUAUAGACGAGGCAAUACGCUGCACAAGCUUAUUCUGUUGGAGUUACUCUUGGCUCUGGCCCAUGGCACCUUUAUAUUUGCUCCAGACCCAGUCUAUGGCUGGUAUCUAAGCAGCAGCGCAACGCUGCUAUUUUUCUCGUACCAGAUCCACAAUGUUGUCUCAUGGCUCAAGAUCCGUCCUUUCCUACCUCUCUGGGGUAGCCGAGUUUUCAUUUUCACGCUGGUUGCCGUACAGCCCUUUUGGGUCGCUGAGGCUUGGUCGAACUUCGAAUACUUCAAUAACCUGGGUUCCGACGCCAACACGAAGAUGCGUCCAUGGGAGUGUCUCGUCAGAGAUCCAUGGUGGAUCUUUACCACGUGGAGGCUGAUCCACACCAUUGGGAAGUCGUACGGCUUCACGCUGCGCGAGCUCAUCAACAUCAACACCCGCUUCGGGGUCAUGCUGGGGUGCAUGUUCGUGUCAAUCGCCUUCAUCCUGGCCGACAUCAUUGUCACACUGGCCCACCUGACGGCAAACUCGGGCAUCAACCCGUACUGGCGGAUGGCGCUCGUUUUCAAGUGCGCGGCCGACUGCUUCUUCCUCGACGACUUCAAGACCGUGCUGGACCAGAUCUCUCAGCAGUCGCUCAGCCGCGUGCACCAACAGCAGACCGAAAACAACAGCGGCGGCACUAGGGUUCAGACUACAAACACCCACGAGGUGCAUCCGCCCGAUCAGGUCACGGCGAGUGUCGAAGCAUCUGGUCGCCAGCCUUCGUCUUCCAAAUGGAGAUGGGCACGCCGCUUAUCGUCGUCGAGCCGCGCCGGCAACGCCAUCACGGUCCACCGAGAGAUGACAGUAACGAGCGAGCGCAAGAGGCCCCAUUCCUUCAACAGCGAUGUUCCACUCGUGCCUCAGAUGGCCAAGACGCGCGGACAUCACGACGACGGGGUUCUCAGCCCGACUUCUUUGCUGCCCCGGUCACAGGAGUCCGGGCAUUAUUCGGAGUUUGAUGGAACUCCUAAGGGGCUUCAAACACUUUCUAAACAUAGGAAGGACUGA